GUUGUAAAAAUCCACCUGCCAGUCCUUCCCUUAAUAGCCUAUUUUGAACGUCAGGACGCUCAGUACGUGGGGAUUCCUAAGGAUUACCCAGUGUACCCCGCGGGUAAAGAUGGCGAUAGAAGAGGGUAGGAGAUCAACUUUAUCCGUGAACAAUCGUUGCUGAAUGUCGGGUUGAGAGAGAAUAAACCGUUAGUUACCGAUUGUGUAGUUUAAUGGCUAGCCACCUAUUUCACUGUCAUUCGUGAGUCCAGACUACGCAACGUGAUCGAAUAAUCGAGUUGUGCCAGUGCACGAGCUUCCUUCCUUGCGACCAAACUGCAGAGUCCGUCCUGAGAAGAGCGGAUAAAGUUUAUUACGGAUCUGACUCAACCCUCUGUUGACGCUGAUUUUGUUGUUGUUGAUUAUUUGGCGUAACAGUCGGACACUAGCUAAGCAGGUUAUCAGUAGUCCAGAGGUUCACAUGCCAAGAGAGAGAGAGGACGAAGAGGAAAAGAAGAGGGGACACACUCAGGACGAUGAGUCUGGAGCACGCAGCAUAUACUCUUAAAGAAUGCCUGUGACUUAGGAACCUGUGGAUGAGGACAUCGCUGGAAUAACUCAGAAUUUGGGAAUAACAGAACGGACAGACAGACGGACGCUGAGCGCCAAGGAUGACGAGCGCUGCCCCGGCCAGGAAGCCGUACCGCAAGGCUCCGCCUCAGCACCGCGAGACACGCAACAGCCUGCCCUUGUUUCGAGAGGACCUUAGUGGGAGCACGCCGCCUGUCCACACCGCUGGCCCCAACCUGCCUGACCCCUGCCAGGACUCCUUAUCAGAUGCAGACAGGAUCAAGAUCCUGCAGCAGCAGAAUGAAGACCUGCGCCGGCGGCUCUCCCACACCACCCACAAGAUGGAGGCCAUGGAGACGGAGUUUGAGACCAGCCGCCACUACAUGCGGGAGGAGAUGGGUCGUACCCGCGACGACCUGGAGAAGAUGAGAGACAAGUUCCGCAGACUGCAGAACAGCUACACUGCCUCCCAGCGGGCCAACCAGGACCUGGAGGAGAAGCUUCAUGCCCUGCUCCGUAAAGUGGAGAGGGACAAGAAGACAAUGGACCAGGAGAUAGUGGAGCUCACCAACAAACUCCUGGACGCCAAGAACACCAUUGACAAGCUGGAGGAGUUGAACGAACGCUAUCGGCAAGAUUGCAAUUUGGCCGUGCAGCUGUUGAAGUGCAAUAAGUCCCAUUUCAGAAACCACAAGUUUGCAGAUCUGCCCUAUGAGCUGCAGGACAUGGUGAACAAGCACAUGAAGGCCAGUCUGCCGGAUAAGAGUUCCCAGGGGGCCCAGGGCCAGGACUCCGACACCAUGAGCCUGACGCCCGCCGACGUGGUGCCCACCUCAGUCAUUGCCCGCGUCCUGGAGAAGCCUGAGCCUCUGGUACUCAACUCUGCCCAGUCCAGCAGCAGCGCAGGCCGGCCCCAGGCAGAGGAUGUGUUUGUGCAUGUGGACAUGACUGGGCCCCAGGCAGGAGGAGGGGGUAGAGAGAACGGGGGUCCCGGUCACAGCAGCAGGGCCCCAGCCCAGAGCAGCCAGGCCCAGGAGCUCCUCCAGCAGAACGGCAUGUGUCGGAGCCAGAGCAGCCUGUCAGCAGACGGCCAAUCAGGAGAGGAGGGUAGAGAGGGUGGUGCCUUCGAGAAGCUCAACCCCUACCCAGCCCCCCCUCCGCCCCACCCCCUCUAUCCCGGCCGCAAGGUGAUCGAGUUCUCCUCGGACGACAAGGUGAAGAUCCCCAAGAAUAGCCCCCUGCCCAACUGCACCUACGCAACACGCCAGGCCAUCUCUCUCAGCCUGGUGCAGAACGACGAGGAGAACGAGCGCCAGCGCACCGUGCCAAACAGCCCCGCUGUGUCGGACGGGGGCUGGCGAUCCGGGACGUCCUCCUCCUCAGGGGGAGGGGGGCAGCGUGACCCCUGCCGCACCCCUACUCAGCUGGACACAGCAGACCCCCUCUCCAACCAGUCCAGCCCCUUCAGCAGCCCCCCUCAGCCCCCCAGCGCCUUUGCCAGCUCAGGUAGCUCCGAGGAGGACCUGCUGGCCAACUGGCAGCGCAUGUUUGUGGAGAAGAUGGCACCAUCCUCUGAGGGCACCCUGGUCAACCGCACCUCCUUCAGCAGCGAGACGGUCAAGGACCUGGAGGGGACCCGAACCAGCAAGCCAGUGGGCGGGGGUUCCGACAGGGGGGCACUACGGGGGGCCUACUCGGACGGGGAGGAGGGGUCCUCCACCCGCAGCUGGACAGCAAGCCGAGAGUCCAGCCUGGACACUGACACCAGCAGCAUGGCUGACCUCCGCACCAGGAGGGGGCAUUACGGAGCAGACUUCUCCACAGAGGAGAGCGAGCAGCUGCUGAUGGCCCUGGACCCACUGGACAACGACCGAGACAACACCAGUGGCGACACCGUGUCAACGGCCAUCACUGUGGAGACCAGCCCGGCGGAGGGCAAAAGGAAUGAUUUUGUGGACGAGACUGGGUCUGUAGGCAGCUCUGCAGAGGAGAGAGACAUCCUACCACAGGACUUCCCCGUCAUAGCCCCCCGGGUCCUGGCAGGGCUAGAGGACUACACAAAGAACACCACUCCCCUUCCCGCAAACUCCUCCACUUCCACCCCCGGCCGACCCCUGAAGAGCCCAAAGAGGAUGGGAGUCCACCACCUGCACCGCAAAGACAGCCUGACCCGGGCACAGGAGCAUGGUAACCUGCUGGACUGAGACUACGGGACUUUACUCCUCUCACUUCAUCUGUCAUCUGACAGACUAACUCUUCAAUGGUCUGUGGACUCUUUAUCUUACCAGAAAAGAGAGCGAUGAUUCGUGUCGGUCCUCCCUUUGUCCGUGCUGCCGUCUCUCAUGAGUUUAGUCAGGAAAUACACACAUUCUCUAGUAACCACAUUCAAGAGCUGACUGUUCUUUAGAAGAUAUGUGCGAUGCCUGGCUGCCGGUUGAAUGGUCAAGUUUGCUGCGUUCUUUCCUUUGUUUUCCACUGUAAACCGCAAUCUCCUCCAGGAGCAGAACAAAGGGUCCUACAGGGGUUUCUGAAUGAGGUUAGUUUUCUGUCUCUCAAACACUCCAGAACUGUUGCAGAGAGGAGAAUGGGGCCAUGCAGAGCCAUUUCCUGUGUGUAAACAUCCAGCCAGUGUGUGUUCGCAUGGAACAGCCCAGAUGGUGCAAAGUUUCAUCUCGUCACUUGAGAUGAUCGGCGAUAUGCAGGAUGGAUGGAGUUGUUGCCUUCUCCCUUGUUUGUUCUCUUUUGCCCUGGAUCCCCCGCUCCCCCCCUAGAGGAAUGAUAUGUCAUGCAGGAAUCUGAUAACAUGAGAACUUUACCUCCAUCUCUGAUUGGACGAAUGGUGAAGAGGGCAAGCACUUGCAAGCGCAUGCUGUUGUCUGGUGUGAGCGGAUGGUGGAACGGACCCCCACACAGACUCUCAGUGCCUAUCCCUCUCUGUCUGAGGGGGUUUCUAACCCCCCGAAUUCCCAGAAAAGAUGUAUUCUGAUGCCCCUCUGAAGAGUCUGAAGUGUGCAGCAGUCUGUUGAGCACCCACUCUUAAGGGCUCUCUUCUCUGUAAUUGGUCACCUACACAAGAACGAGGAAGGUCACCCUCAAAGAAUUCCUGAAAUUGUAGGUCUCACUCAAGUUUAUUUUCUCAAUAACACAUACAGGUUUCAUUGAUUUGUCUUUCUAUUAUCGUAAGUGUUACCUUUUAUUUCUUCAAUCGCUUCUUCAUUCAAAUAAUUUUCAUUUUGAUUUUUAUGCAACUUUUAUGGCUGAGGUCUGGACAUAUAUUAUGACGUUGAUGAUCUACUCUUUCAGUUUUAUUCUGUUAUUGAUCUGUCAUUGGAUUUAGUCAUCUGUAUUUUCAUUUCAAGAAACAAACAGGCCUAUAGUUCUAUUGUUAACUCUGGGACUUUACAUGGGGUAUUACAAAGGAAGCCCUAAAUGGCAUGAAACAGUGUUUUUCAGAAGAACCACAACAAUCUUCGAGGCAUUUUUGUGGAUGUGUUUUGGAAAUAUUCACUGGGCCCUGGGGGGGGGGGGGAUAAUUCUCCUUGUGUGCCACUUCUGUUAGCAAUGUAUUCAGUAACAACAAUAUGUUUCCAGAAUAUCAAAGUGACAGGGAAUAAUCGAAGGCAAAAGGUCUGCAUGGUAUGACAGGGCUGGUUGAUGAUGAGAUUUUUGGUAUUUCUUUACCGUUGAUAAUUUCCUGAUCAGGAAAGUAUUUUUGUUGGUGUACUACUCAGUCUCCGUUGUGGGGGUUCACAGAGGAUGUUAUACUAGUAGCUAGUAAACUGUGAAGAGGAGAAUUAUUUGACAUGUUUUCCUCUGUGUUCAGCCAACCUUUUAAGUAUUUCAUCAGUUUGCUUAUCAGAUGUCCCCACCCCUAGAUAUUCUGGUCGAUAGAGUUCAGAUCAAUUGAAAAAAAUGCAAAGUUGUUUUAAUCUUUGGCUCUUUCUAAAUACAAUACCUAAUCUGGAAUGUAAUCAUGGCUCUACAGUAUUUGCCGUUUAUUUUCGCUAUAGGUCCAUUUUCAUCUACAUGCUUUUGUAUGGAUAGGGAAUGUUGGUUCAUUCAAGAUAUUAUAAUUUUUGAUUUUAUGGAUUGAUUUUUGAUUGUGUGCAUGUGUUCCUUUUGGACUUUCAUUCGGUCCAGUAUAUUCAAUUCACUUACCGUUCUGUAUUUAGCAAUGUUGAAUUUAUGUCUUAAUUGUAAUCCAUAAAAUGUGUUCAGCAUCAGACAUGCUCUAUGUACAGUUGAAGUCGGAAGUUUACAUACACUUAGGUUGGAGUCAUUAAAUCUCGUUUGUCAACCACUCCACAGUAUAGUUAAAGUUUUGGCAAGUGGGUUAGGACAUCUACUUUGUGCAUGACGCAAGUAAUUUUUCCAACAAUUGUUUACAGACAGAUUAUCUCACUUAUAAUUCAUUGUAUCACAAUUCCAGUGGGUCAGAAGUUUACAUACACUAAGUUGACUGUGCCUUUAAACAGCUUGGAAAAUUCCAGAAAAUGAUGUCAUGGCUUUAGAAGCUUCUGAUAGGCUAAUUGACAUAAUUUGAGUCAAUUGGAGGUGUACCUGUGGAUGUAUUUCAAGGCCUACCUUCAAACUCAGUGCCUCUUUGCUUGACAUCAUGGGAAAAAUUGUAGACCUCCAAGUCUGGUUCAACCUUGGGAGCAAUUUCCAAACGACUAAAGGUACCACGUUCAUCUGUACAAACACCAGCCGUCAUACCGCUCAGGAAGGAGACGCGUUCUGUCUCCUAGAGAUAAACGUACUUUUGUGCGAAAAGAGCGACUCAAUCCCAGAACAGCAAAAGACCUUGUGAAGAUGCUGGAGGAAACAGGUACAAAAGUAUCUAUAUCCACAGUAAAAUGAGUCCUAUAUUGACAUAACCUGAAAGGCCGCUCAGCAAGGAAGAAGCCACUGCUCCAAAACCGCCAUAAAAAAGCCAGACUACGGUUUGCAACUGCAUAUGGGGACAAAGAUUAUACUUUUUGGAGAAAUGUCCUCGUCUGAUGAAACAAAAAUAGAACUGUUUGGCCAUAAUGACCAUUGUUAUGUUUGGAGGAAAAAGGGGGAGGCUUGCAAGCCGAAGAACACCAUCCCAACCGUGAAGCAAGGGGGUGGCAGCAUGAUGUUGUGUGGGUGCUUUGCUGCAGGAGGGACUGGUGCACUUCACUAAAUAGAUGGCAUCAUGAAGCAGGAAAAUUAUGUGGAUAUAUUGAAGCAACAUCAAGACAUCAGUCAGGAAGUUGAAGCUUGGUCGCAAAUGAGUCUUCCAAAUGGACAAUGACCCCAAGCAUGCUUCCAAAGUUGUGUUAAAAUGGCUUAAGGACAACAAAGUCAAGGUAUUGGAGUGGCCAUCACAAAGCCCUGACCUCAAUCCUAUAGAAAAUUGGUGGGCAGAACUGAAAAUGCGUGUACCAGCAAGGAGGCCUACAAACCUGACUCAGUUGCACCAGCUCUGUCAGGAGGAAUGGGACAAAAUUCACCCAACUUAUUGUGGGAUGCUUGUGGAAGGCUACCCAAAACGUUUGACCCAAGUUAAACAAUUUAAAGGCAAUGCUACCAAAUACUAAUUGAGUGUAUGUAAAAUUCUGACCCACUGGGAAUGUGAUGAAAGAAAUAAAAGCUGAAAUAAAUCAUUCUCUCUACUAUUAUUCUGACAUUUCACAUUCUUAAAAUAAAGUGGUGAUCCUAACUGACCUAAAACAGGACAUUUUUAUUAGGAUUAAAUGUCAGGAAUUGUGAAAAACGGAGUUUAAAUGUAUUUGGCUAAGGUGUAUGUAAACUUCCGACUUCAACUGUAGCUUCAGUAGAUAAUAAGGAUGAUUGACUGAGGCAAACGUCUGCAUUUUCAUUUAUGUAAUUGUUUGCCUUUCUAAUGGCUCUUUGAUUGCGUGGUUAUGAAGUCGGAUACUGUCCUGCUGUUUUAUUGAUCCCAGAUUGACAGCUCACAGUGAAAGCCCUUCAGUAUAAGGCAGUAAUCCAGUAUGAAGUCACACGCCUCAUGCAGUGUUCUUAACUCUGAGUCAGACUCUGCUUUUAUUUGUUCAUGCAACCCUCUGUGGGCUGAAGACAGUGUAAUAUCAUAUAUGAUGCAUUCUGAAAGUAUUCAGAACCCUUCACUUUUUCCUCAUUUUGUGACGUCACAGCCUUAUUCUAAAAUGGAUUAAAUAAUUUCUUCCCCCUCAUCAAUCUACACACAAUACCUCAUAAUGACAAAACAAAAACAGUUUUGUUUGCAAAAUGUAUUAAAAAUAAAAAACUGAUCUCACACUUACAUAAGUAUUCAGACUCAGUACUUUGUUGACGCACCUUUGGCAGCGAUUACAGCCUUGUAUGACGCUACAAGCUUGGCAAACCUGUAUUUGGGGAGUUUCUCCCAUUCUUCUCUGCAGAUUCUCUCAAUCUCUGUCAGGUUGGAUGGGGAGCAUCGCUAUUUUCAGGUCUCUCCAGAGAUGUUCGAUCGGGUUCAAGUCCGGGCUCUGGCUGGGCCACUCAAGAACAUUCAGAGACUUGUCCCGAAGCCACUCCUGCGUUGUCUUGGCUGUGUGCUUAGGGUCGUUGUCCUGUUGGAAGGUGAACCUUCGCCCCAGUCUGAGGUCCGUAACACUGGGCAUUCAGGCCAACGAGUUCAAUCUGGGUUUCAUCAGACUGCUCUGGAGCAGAUUUUCAUCAAGGAUCUCUCUGUACUUUGCGCCAUUCAUCUUUCUGUUGAUCCUGACUAGUCUCCCAGUCCCUGCCGCUGAAAAACAUCCACACAGCCUGGCCACUCUACAAUAAAGGCCUGAUUGGUGGCGUGCUGCAGAGAUGGUUGUCCUUCUGGAAAGUUCUCUCAUCUCCACAGAUGAACUCUGGAGCUUUUCAGAGUGACCAUCGGAUUCUUGGUCACCUCCCUGACCAAGGCCCUUCUCCCCCGAUUGCUCAGUUUGGCCGGGCGGCCAGCUCUAGGAAGAGUCUUGAUGGUUCCAAACUUCUUCAAUUUAAGAAUGAUGGAGCCCACUGUGUUCUUGGGGACCUUCAAUGCUGCAGAAAUGUACCCUUUACCAGAUCUGUGCCUCGACACAAUCCGCUGAGCGCUACUGGCAAUUCCUUUGACCUCAUGGCUUGGUUUUUGCUCAGACAUGCACUGUCAACUGUGGGACCUUAUAUAGACAAUUGUAUGCCUUUCCAAAUCAUGUCCAAUCAAUUGAAAUGACCACAGGUGGACUCCAAGUUGUAGCAACAUCGCAAGGAUGAUCAGUGGAAACAGGAUGGACCCGAGCUCAAUUUCAAGUUUCAUAGCAAAGGUUCUGUAUACUUAUGUAAAUAAGGUAUUUCUGUUUAUUUUUUAUUUGCAACAAUUUCUAAAAACCUGUUUUCGCUUUGUCAUUAUGGGGUAUUGUGUGUAGAUUGAUGAGGAAAAACUUUAUUUAAUCCAUUUUAGAAUAAGGCUGUAACAUAACACAAUGUGGAAAAGUGAAGGGGUCUGAAUACUUUCUGAUUUGCCUGCACUUACAUUUCGAAGACAAAUUAAAUGAUCAAAGAUGAUAAAUGCAACUUCAUGAUUACGACUGAGGGCUUUUGCCAAGUACUGUGUUUCCACAAGGUUAGAAAAGAUGCGCCAGUAAACUCUGUCCAUACAACAUUAUAAAAAUGCCCUCCCUCCCACCUAAUUCUGAUCUGGAAACAAGGACACCACCUACAAAUGUUCAUCCUUGAUGUCUCUUGAGCCUGCCUUCUCACUAUAUAUGUAUAGAUGUGGGUCUUAGUCCCCCCCUCCCCUGUUUAAACCUCUAUUCUUAGACCAACAAGUAAAAGCCACAUAUCAAGGAACUGGCAACAUUGUGCUGUAAAGUACUGUGCCGCCGCCAGUCACUGGGGUCAUACGAGGUAACUGUGUUCCCUCCCGAGCGAGAUGAGUCACCAGAUCCCGGUAUAAAAGUCUCUCCACAUACUAUAUCCAACACGCUGAAGGCUUUCUGCUGUACUCCUGGUCCCUGAAUAAUUCAACGCCAUUUUCUUCAGUGUAAACGGACCGGGACCCUGGAUUACGGGCCCCCAAAAUCCACACGGUUCACGUCCACUCCACCCUCACACUUUUUAAACCUCUUUUCUUUUGCUUGCAGUCUGCUUAUUGGUCUUUUUCAUUAGUAUAGAUGAAGUGUUAAUAGCCCAUAAUUAAGAGUUGUAACAAGCCCUUUACUAAAUUAUUCAUGUUUUAUUACCCUCAGAAAUAGGUCUCUAAUACUUCAAAAGGAGUAGAGUAGUCUGUCAUGGUCUUCAACAUGGACAUUUACGUUUUGAAUAUUGCAUGGGCUCAUCAGAUAGACAAGGUUUCGUGCAAAUACAAAAACGGAAAUGGAAAAAAAAGAAGAGGGAAUUAAAUGUGCAGGCUCUAAUGUACUAAGCAGUAUAAAUAGGCCUUUAUAUCUGGUCUCCUGCAACUUUAAUGAAUCCUCUUUCGUGAAUAUAAUUGAACACAUCUCUGCUGACGCGUCGCUGCUUUGAUCCAAGGUCGCCUUCCCAAGACGCUCCACUCAUGUGGAGCCUUUUUAAAUUUAGUCUGAGAAAUGUUGAAAAAUGUCGGCUUCGUCACUCCUGUUAUCUGAUGCGGUGGAGUAAACACACUGGUCGUGACGGUAAUCCCUCUGUGACGGUGACCUUUUAACAGGUAGCUAGCUCAGUUAUUUUCCCUCUAUAGGUUUUAGUCUGAGCAUGAUUUAAACAGCAUGCCAGUUGGUUCACAGGAGCCUUGUCUCCAUUGUGACAGUGUUGAGACAGCGCCAGAGGUUUAUUGGAAAUAUUUAUCAUCUGCAAGAAUAUUUGAACUGGAGUGUAAAGUAUUCCAUUAUACAAUUAGAAACCCCUGGCUCUACAUAUGAAUACAGUGACGAGGUUUUACUGUGUAAUAUCCCACACAGACGGUGUAAUCACACAAUCUGAGCUUGAUGACAAAGCCAGUCUCUGCACAAGGGAGGUGUCAUUGCAAUGAGAUGGUUCAGGAAUACUAAUAAAGAUGCUGUCACUGUCUUCUCACGUCAAUAUAUGCCUCCAUUGUUGUUUGUUAUUUACAUCUUAUCUUAUUCAUGUCUACAUGUAUGGUGUUGAGUCGUUGAAUUCUCCCAUUGACAUGAAUGAAAUGCAUGUUAUAUGCCAGGGCUGCCCCAAACCCUCUUCCUGGAGAUCUACUGUCCUGUAGGUUUUCAGUCCAACCCUAAUUUAGCAUAUCUGAUUCAGCUAGUUAAGGUCUGGUUGAGCAGUUAAUUAGUAGAAUCAGGUGUGUUAAAUUAGGGUUGGACUGAAAACCCACAGGACUGUAGAUCUCCAGGAGGGUUUGGGGUAGCCCUGUUACAUGCCUAAUUCAGCACUUUAUUUUAUUUGGCUGCAGGUGAAUUUUAAUGUAUAUAAAAUUAUGUAUCCAGUGUUUGUGUGAUUUGUGCUUAAUGGGGAUAAAUACUGGUAUACCUAUAACUUUUUUGAUUCUAGGAGACACUGCAGUCUGUGGUACCUGAUGGACGCCAUUGCGAGGAGACUGUUGUAGGGUCCCAAGUCCAGACUCACCCAACCCUGAAUCCAGUUCUGUUGCUGGGUUCAUUCACACAAACCAUGUCUACCAGUCUUGCAUGGAGUUAAGUGGCAAUCUGAUUAUUCUCUCAUACUGAGAAAAGUGGGCUCCGUUGUGUUUUUCUUUGGUUGAAUAUUCAUCACACUCCCGAUGCAGUGCCUGUUCUUUCAUGGCUUUGUAGAUGUCCUUUCUUUUUGUGUGCAAGCGGGCUAAAAAUGUUCUCCCUGUUAAAAAAAUGACUUCAAAGACAAUAUUAUACACAAGACUGUUAAACCUGUACUAAUUUUAUUUUCUGAAUUUGUAAACUGAUGUAUAUUUUAAAACAAAUAAAAUAUUUUAAUCUUUACUUUUGUGGUCUGGUUAUGUAAGGGGGGUGUAGCCAUGGUUGUUAAUUUAGGCAAUGUUACGUCAACGCUUUGACUUAACGAUAUGACGUGCCACUUUUCCCUUGUAAGAUUAGAACUCUUAUCCAAGGGUGCCCCCUUCUGAUAAUAACUGUCAUCCUGGACUUGCAAUUGAGGAACACUUUCAAAAUGUUAGCCCAGUUGGAGGUUGAGGGUUCCCCCUCCAAUGAUUAACUGAUAUGAACACAAACCAAAAGACUUUACCCUCUUGUGAUAUUUGUGAAUGAUUUAGACGUUAUUUGGUAGACAGUCAAAGGUUCACAGGUUAAACCUAGGUGAUUAGAGCUGCAUCAAAAGAAUACAAUCUGCUUUCAGCUCAGAUCCGAUUUCAUUGUCUGAGAAAGGGGACAGCGACGAAAAAGGAACCCUAAUCUAAUUAAAAUGCCUUUAUUAGACAGGAGAUUCUUCACCUCACAGAGGCAUCUGAUUACAUAGCAGACAAUUUUAUGUAUUGCAGCUUUCAUGCUUGGCAUGGUCCAGCAGUGAAACAGACUGCCUCCCUGUGGGCAUUCUGUCCUCUCUAUAGGAAUCUCUUUGUGUGGCAUCCAAUGAUGUUGACUGCAAGAAGGUCAACAAUCUGCUCAUGAACAACACGUCUGUAAGAAGCCUACUUACAGCUGCCGUCAGUCCAUCACAUUGAUAUGAUAACAUUGAAACUAAUGGCUGUGCCCUUGAUGCCAAUUGUAUUAUGCCACCAGGUGUUGGGCCCUCGGAGCACAUGUCCAGCGAGGGGUUGUGUAUAGUGAUACACUGGAAAACAGGCUUCUGUUUGUCCUGAUCACUUAGCAACUUGGGAAAUUGAUCCGAGAUGUCCAUUAAUUAUGGAUCUCUGUUUCCACUCAUUAUUUAGCUGUCCUAUGGGAAUGGAGUACUUUUUAUUUAUGCUACCCAACAUCAGAAACCUGCCUCACUGGAUUACUCAGUAGAUCAGUGAUAGAUAAGUGUGCUUGGGAAUUGAUUACCAACCAAACUGAAUGCGAGUUGUGGAGAGUGAUUGAUUUACGCUUACAUGAGAAUGUGCUGUUCUGCAACGUGCAUCGAAAUGAAUGGCCUCUAAUUCCCGCUCUCUAUUUCUCUUCAAUGCAGAGAUUCUGUAUCUUCGAAGCCUUCAUGCCUUGACGUGUUGUCCAAAACAUCA